AUGGGCAACUGUGAGACCAAGGAGGCCAUCGAGGCCGGAGUGGCCGAGAAGGAAACGCAGCUGAAGGAGGCUUACGAGAAGCGCAUGGAGGCACUGCAGAGGCUAGACCUGCAGACUCGCGUGCCGCACGUUCUCAUCGAGAUUCGAUCUCUCGGCUUUGUGGAGAUGCAGGGCAAGAACACGGGUGGCAUCUACGAGCGGCUCAACGACUGGCUGGCGAAGAACUGGAGUGCUUCGGAAACGGAGCUCGGCUUGCUCCUCAAAGCCAGCGACAAUCAGGCCUGCGGCUGCUGCGGUCACUACUAUGCGUACGGCGUUGGGCAAGUGCAGGAGCACCACCGCCUGUGCGACCGCUCCUGGACCUUGGGGAAAAUGGGGGAGGAUGGCAAGGUAACCGGCAACCCGACCUACAAGGCCCGUGGCACAGAGGGGGAGAACAACAUGGGGAAGCUGACGAUGCAACUGGCUAAGUUCAUGACGAACGAGUGUGGUUGGACGCUGCAGGUCUGCGAUUCUGGGAACCUGGGCUGGGAAGGUGAGGUCCGAGAGCAGCAGAUGAAAUUCAAGGCCCCGCACCCACUGAACCUCAUUGCCCCGCUGGUGAUGAUCGAGCUCCGUCAGGUCGGCUACGUCGAAGUCAAUGGUACCAACUCCCAGGACGUCUUCGAGAAGCUGAGCGGAUUCUUUACCUCCAAGUGGAAAGCAACAAAGCUGAAGGCGGAUCCCAACUAUUGCGAUUUGAAGUUCGGUACGUCCGCGUUCAAGAGCCGGGGUUCCGAGGGGGAGAACAACAUGGGCCAGCGGACGAUGGAGCUGGUGGACUUCAUGGUGAAGGAGUGCCAGUGGACCAUGGUCACCUGCAACGGUGGCAACUUCGGCCGCACGGGUGCCAAGCGAGAGCAGCAGCUGGUCUUCCGGAAUGAUGAGUUCAUUCAGCAUGGAGCAGACCAUCUGAUGGUGGAGAUACGGUCGGUCGGCUACGUAGAGAUCAACGGUCUCCAUGACGCCGGCGACACGAAGGAUCACCUGAUCAAUUUCAUGGUCGAAAAGUGGAACUGCAAGGAAUAUACCAAAUACAUGUGGGAAGACAGCGAAAAGUACUGCGACUUGAAGUACACGUGCCCCGAGAAUUUCUUCUACACGUCUUGGGUGAAAACAGACAGCUGGGACAUACCAUCGCUGGCCAACAACUUGGGAAAGAGGACUCUCGAGCUCGCCGGCUUCCUUGCGCAACAUGGCUGGGCUCUCUCGCUUUGCAACGGCGGAAGCGUUGUGCCGAGCCCCUAUACGUACCCCAACACCAUCCUGCGAGAGCAGCAGGUGAAAUUCACGAAAUCACCAGAGAAGGCAGCUGCCCCGCUCCUUCUUGUGGAGUUCCGGACGCAGCCGUACACUGACGAUCCGCCCAAGUGGCACAGUUACAUCGAGGUAGUUGGAGCCGACACCGGUGGGGUCUUUGCCAAGCUUCACGAUUUCAUCACCGAGUCCAUGGCCGGGUGGGAGGUGACUCCCACACCGCCACACUGUGACAAGCUGUACCAGUUCAAUGGCUUCGAACUUCAUGCAUCGGAGGUGUCCGAGCAGGCGCGAUGGGAGGGAUGCAUGAAAGGCGAGAGCAACAUUGGCCAGUGGACUAUGCGAUUGUGUGACUACAUGGUCGACCAAGUGUGCGAGUGGGAUCUGAUCGUUUGCAACAGUGACAAUUUGAGCUCUUCGUUUCAACAUGGAAGUGGUGACUCGAAAUACUACAACAACAUCGUAGCGCGGGAAAUGCAGAUGGUGUUCCGGCAUAGAGCUGGUGGUCGCCGAGUGUUUAUGGCCACCACUGAAGUGAAGGAGUUGGGGAGGCCACCUUUGGAGCCCCCUUCAUACUGGACCGAGAAGGGAUGCAUCGAUGGGAGCAUCGGCCAGAAGUUGGUGCCAGGCUCCUCCGAGGAGCUGGCCUGGAUGCAAGAGAUCCUGGACAAGACCUUCAAAGACAAGGUUACCCGCGACCGAAAGGAUGACCAGCUCGCUGACCGCUACAAGGCCGUGCAAUGCAUCCGCAGCGAGCACCCGGGCCUUUGGGAUCGAUUUGCACAGCGACGUCGGCUCGUGGCGGAGACCUGCCAAAGCUCGCCCAAGGCGUCGGAUUUCUUCGUGACGCCGAAGACCCUGAACGCCUGUCAGGGCUUGGACCAGCGCUGCAGCGACCGCUCCCUUGGGAACCCAUCCAACCAAGCCUACCUCUUGCACGGCACGAACCCCACCUCGGCGGUGGCAAUCUUGAGCUCGUCAUUCACGGUCAACCUGGCAGGGAAGAGUGCAGGCACGAUGUUUGGUGCCGGGGUCUACCUGGCGGAAAGUUCGACGAAGGCCGAUGAAUACGCCAGUGACGACAUGGGUGGCGAGUACGACGGCCUCUAUGCCGUUUUGGUGUGCAGGGCCGUACUCGGACGGUCCUAUGUGGUGGAAAACGCAGGAGACUUCAGCGAGAAGGUCCUGAACGGCGAUUUCGAGCAUGUGCUGGGCGACCGUGAGAAGGCGGUUGGUACCUUCCGGGAGUUCGUUUUCUUUCACGAGGCCUCCAUCUAUCCGGAGUAUGCGGUCUUCUACCGCCGUGAGAAGGGUGGCAAGAUCCUGCCGCCUUCAGUCCGCUCGAGAGCGCCGGAAAUGGAGACAAUGGAGGCGAGUCCUACGCUGGCACAACCUUUUCCUUUUCAACGAGAGCUCGUGCCGCUCUCCGUUUUGUUCCGUAUUGCAAUAGGAACGAGCUGGGUGCUGUCGGAGAAGGACAGAGGUUGGAGGGUUGUGUAUGAACCUGAGAUGUUGGUCCGCCCCACCUACAACCCAGCUCGUGCGUUUGCAGGAUGCUUUAUGUGCCCGUUGGGAAAGCCUUGGCUGAGCCAGGGUGAGCUGGCGGGUCCCGUCCUCUUGGCGACGGUGCUCGAUCUCGGCUUCUCCGCAACGUGGUUGUGCUGCGGGAAGGUCGGUCCAAAGAACUACACGUCGGAAAAGAUGCAGGAACGGUACUGA